AUGGAGCGACAGGGUAUAAUUAGGAAAUCUAAUAGUAGAUAUGCCUCUCCAAUUGUCGUUGUAGCAAAGAAACUCGACAAUUCGGGACGACAAAAAUUUCGCCUAUUCGUUGACUACAGGAAGCUCAACGAGAUAACAGUAGACGAUAAAUAUCCCCUAUCGAACAUUGACAGUAUCCUGGAUAAGCUCGGAAGAGUCCAGUACUUUACUUCAAUUGAUUUGGCUAAGGGAUAUCAUCAAAUCAAAAUGAAUCCAAAUGAUAUACCCAAAAUAGCUUUUGUUACGCCCUGCGGUCUAUACGAAUACCUCAGGAUGCCCUUUGGUUUAAAAAACGCACCAGCCACUUUCCAAAGGCUGAUGAAUAAUAUUCUCCGUGAUUAUAUCAAUAAAAUAUGUGUCGUCUAUUUAGAUGACAUACUCGUCUUCUCAACUAGCCUUCAGGAGCAUAUUCAAUCCCUUACCUUAAUUUUCAAAAAACUUUCUCAACAUAAUCUAAAAUUGCAGGUUGAUAAAUGUUCCUUUCUGAAGAGAAAUACAGAAUUUUUGGGCCAUGUCCUAACAUCCGAAGAACCAAGUCAAAUACUUCACAUGGAUGUUUACUUCUUCUCUAAACAACCAUUUCUGACCUUGAUAGAUAAAUUAUCGAAAAAGGCAUAUGUAUAUCAUUUACCCAAUCGUAACUGGACAAAAAAGGUUGAAGCUCUAGAGGAACACUUUUCUAAAUUCGGAAAACCUCAAAAGCUGGUCGCUGAAAAUGAAUUCAAAGCAGAAAACUUCAAAGAAUUUCUUAGAGAACAAAAUGUUGAUCUUCAUUUAACUAAACCCAACACACACACCGGUAAUAAUGAUAUAAAUAGAUUUCAUUCCACUAUUCAGGAAAAAUUUGUAGCUAUGAGAAAAUUGGAUUUGACAAUAGUUCAAAAACUACACAGACCUGUCCAAAACUAUAACAAUAGGUUCCAUUCAACUAUAAAAAUGACACCAGAAGAGGCAAUGCUAACCGACCCGGUAAAAUUAAGGGAAAGAAUACUAGCAUUUAAGGAAAAGAUUAUUGCGAAACUUAAUGAAAGUAGGGAAGAAUAUAAAGAAAUUCGAAAUACCAUUCCUGUAAAAAAUCAUAAACGUAAUCACUACAAAAAUGAACCCCGAUAUAGGCUUAAGGAAAUGCAAGGCGAACACCCAAGUAACAUUAAACGUCCACGAAAAUUUUCAGAUGAUGAUAUCAGUAUUUCCCAUACUGACCCUGCUGGCACUUCCACAAACUCAAGCAUCGUUAACAGUGAAUCCAAUCAUAACCACUAA